GUCCUUCAACUGCUCACUGGUUGAGGAUGGGGAACAGUAAUUCUUUCCGCUAUGAGCUCCUGGCUGAGAUUGGAGAAGGAGCGUAUGGAAAAGUAUACAAAGCCAGAGACCUGGAAAGUAAUGGGAAAUUUGUGGCUCUGAAAAGGAUAGCAAUUCCAAGAACACGAGAGGGCAUCCCUACGGUUGUAAUUCGUGAAGUGGCUUUGUUAAAACAAUUAGAGCUCUUUGACCAUCCAAACAUCAUCAGAUUGUUUGAUGUUGAGCUUAUUCACCAGACGGAUCAGACAAUGAAAGUGAUACUAGUGUUUGAACUCAUCGAGCAGGAUUUAUCAGUGUUCCUUGCAAAAGUUCAGGAGCCAGGGCUUCUUCAGAACAAAGUAAAGGACAUGGUACACCAGCUCUUCACAGGCUUAGAUUUUCUCCAUUCAAACCGUGUGAUACACCGAGAUUUGAAGCCAGAGAACGUUCUGGUUUCAAACAGCGGCCUGCUGAAGUUGGCAGACUUUGGCCUGGCACGAAUGUACAGCGUCACUGUGGCACUGACACCUGUGGUUGUUACUCUGUGGUACCGGGCACCAGAAGUCCUUCUGUAUUCAGGGUACACGACCACUGUUGACGUCUGGAGUGUAGGCUGCAUUUUUGCUGAAAUCCUCCAACUGAGACCCUUUUUCUGUGGAAUUUCAGAAAUUAAUCAGCUACAAAAAAUAUUUGACAUUCUUGGUCUUCCAGCUGAAGGGGAAUGGCCUCCAAAUGCCCCAGUGUCCUACAACUCUUUCGCUCCCAGCGAGCUGAAGUCUGUUGAAGAUCUAUUACCUCAGAUUGAUAUACUGGGCAAAGACCUUCUGCUAAAGUGUCUGUGCUUCAAUCCAGAACAAAGGAUUUCCACCUAUGAGGCCCUGGCCCAUCCAUAUUUCAUGGAGACACAAGGACAUUUUUAGGAUGGUGUUCACAUGUGAACAGAUCUGUAUUGGACUGGGAAGGGGCAUACCUCUCUGCUUAAAAACCAUACUGACUACAGAAAUCACAGGGAGAAAUGAUGGUGACAUCCAUGUAGAGUGAAGUUGUCCUUUGCACUCCAGCUGAAAUGAAGGACUUAAUUGGCUAUGAUCCACUUUGGGGCAUACUUAAAUAGUGAAUGACACCUCAGAAAUUCAAGUGUUGCUUUUCUUUUUGUUUUGAUGAGGAAGAAGGAAUUAAUCUGAAGAAAGCCCAGAUGUUUUGAGUUUUAUCUUCUAGGUUUAUUUAUGAUUCAGUUGGAACAUCAAACAUAAAGGUAGAAAUUCAUUUUUGGUUACGUGUACUUAAAUAAUUUGGAAGUGGAAUUCAAGAUUGUCAUACAUCACUGAAUAUGAAUUGCUAGCCCAGGAUGUCUUGUCAUUAUUAAA